UAAUUUCAAACAAUACAAAGAUUGAAGUGAGCAUAAGAGUAGGAAGUAAGUUCGUCUUGUCUACUGUCAACUUGAUUAUUUCCCACUAUUCCACCUGGCCCUAAAGGCUCCAAUCAACUUUGCCUGUAGUCGCGGAAUUAAUUUUUUUUUCGAAAAUCAGUCAGACUUGAUGCCAGAGAGACCCUAGUAAAGAGUAUUCAUUACGAACUCGGUAAAUACUGGGAAGAAUUGAACAGGAUUUAAACCGUGCUAUCUAAAUCGGAUACUGUAAAGUAUAGAAGAUGCGAUCCUUGAAAGUUAAAGUGGUUGGGGACCCUAGUGUUGGCAAGACCUCUUUAUUAGCUCGGAUAUACUGUGAAAACUCUUCAUCAGACGACGAUAAUCGCUUGGAUCCAACGUCAGUUCCUCCAGUACUAGAUUCCUACUUGAUAAACACUACGAUUGACCAAGAAGUAUAUGUGGUUACGUUUUGGGAUACUUGUACUAUGCGAUCGUCCGAUGACUUCGAUUUGAGCAAAGUGCGUCCUUUGGAGUACGGGGAUACCGAUGUUUUCUUGGUCUGUUUUGAUAUUUCAUGUCCAAACUCGUUUCAAAACAUUUCUACGGUUUGGGCGCCAGAACUGAAACACUACAUGGCAGGCACUCCUUUGAUCGUGGUCGGGAACAAAGCCGACCUCCGCUCAACAGGAAUACAGCAUCUUCUUAGCCCUUCAAAGGGUACCGAACUUGCCACCAGACUAGAGACAGUCUACUGUGAAAACAGCGCAAGGACCGGCCAAGGCGUUCAAGAAACUAUCGCCACAGCGUUGAGGAGAGCAGUUCAAAAACGAAAAUCCGAAAGAGGAAAAAAGAGAUUCAAGCUUUUUCAAAAUAGAAAAACCACACCAACUAAGCUGGUUGAUUACGACUUGGAGCCUCCCUUGCUUCCACAUCCAGGUCCUGAUGAAGUCACGAUUACAGUCUUACCAUCAACCUACGCCUCAGAUAUGAGAAAACUCCUAACCAGUUACUGCCAUUCAGAUAUCACUCUAGCCUACUCGACCGGUACCCAAUUAUUCAAGGCACAUAAAGUGGUACUCUGUAUGGGCUCCAGCUUUUUUAGGGAUCUGCUUGUAUCACAUGACCACUCAGUUAAGGAUCCGAAAAAAUGCCAAGGAGAAUCGCUCCCCCAAGAAGUCACUAAAAAUGAUAUAAACGUUAUGCGACUCGAUUUGACGUGGGAAUUCCAGGAAGCGUUUGCCUACGUGUUGGACUUUUUAUACACGUUGGAAUUUAGGAGUAACCCAGAAACCCAACAAAGAGUCAUCAAACAUGUUUCAGAACUAGCUGAACUUGCUGCGCUCCCAGAGCUGGCCGAGUGCUGUGAAAACGCAUUGAAGAAAGAAGAGUAUGCAAACAAAAAUGCUUGCGAGAACGCGAAAGAGAACAAGAAUGUGGUAGCAAAGGAGUUGUUCGUCAAUAAACCUCUACUUGCAGAUGUUACUUUUGUUGUUGAGGGAACAAGGGUUUUUGGUCACAAGGCUGUGCUGAUGGCGAGGUCAGAUGUGUUGGCCGCCAUGUUGGGUGGAGGAUUUAAGGAAAGCAGCACCAAUGAGGUUCAUAUUUGUGACGCAUCUGCGAGUGCCUUCAUUGCGAUGUUAGAGUAUCUGUACACGGAUUCCUUACCAACAUUCCCAACAGACAGCAGGCAGCUGUUGGUUUUGAGUGAUAAGUUUUGUCUUCCGAGGUUGCGCUCACUUUGUGAGCUCUCCAUUUCGCAAAAAUUGAAGACGGAAAUGAGGCAAAGAAUGCAUUUGAGUAACGAAACUUGUGGCGAUGUGAUCGAGACAUUGCUCCUUGCACAGGCUCACAACGCAACUCAGCUGUCCAAGUGGUGUGUGUUCACCAUCAAGACCAACUUCCCAGACUUCGAGUCCCAUGAAGACCUUGCCCUGCUCAAGCCCAAGGACAAAGAGGACGUGACACAUCAAAGAUGGCCGCCACAGUCGUACUUCCAGCAGCUCGAAGCAUACAAGAAGAAGGUAUACAGAGAAUAAAUGAAUGAAGUACUAAACAAUUCAAAGUAAUUAUUGCGUAAGUAAGCAUUCGAUGGAUUGUUAGGUGAUUUUCGUACAGUCGCUAGCUUUUCCUCCAGGAGUACUUUCGACGUGCUCUUCCGAAAGAUUACAUGUGCCGCACAUAAAUCAGUGGUCGUUAAUGCACAUGCGCAGACCAUUAUUUGCGGGAAAAACGAGUUUUUACACUGCGCAUGACAACACUAGGAUUAUUUGUGCGCAAUUAUUUGUAGUUGCUUCAACCAAUCAGAAUUUGGCAGACUUGAUAAUCGAAUGAUAACAAACUUUUCAAGCUCAUGCCGGGUCGCUCUCCUCUGAAGAGUCUUGUCACUCUUGCUUCGCAUGCUCAACGGAAUGCAAGCAGCAAGUGUGGCUUGGUUGGUUAUUGUCUUGCCUGCUGAGCAAGAGGUCCAUUAGUUUGAUCCUCAGUGAUCUCACACACUAGCUUUAUGGAGAAAGUGUGGCUAUGUUGGUUACUGUCUUGCCUGCUAAGCAAGAAGACCAUUAGUUUGAUCCUCAGUGACCUCACACACUUUUUUUAUGCAGAAAGUGUGGCUUUGUUGGUUAGUGUCUUGCCUGCUAAGCAAGAAGACCAUUCGUUUGAUCCUCAGUGACCUCACACUUGUUUUAAGGAGCAAGUGUGGCUUGGUUGGUUAGUGUGUUGCCUCCUAAGCAAAAAGACCAUUAGUUUGAAAACUCAGUGACCUAACACACCUGUUUUAAGGAGCAAGUGUGGCUUGGUUGGUUAGUGUGCUGCCUCCUAAGCAAAAGGCCUCUCUCUAUGGAAAAGUUUCUCUUAACUAUAAAUUUAAUGGUUAUAAGUCAAAAAAAAACGUUUUGUGAAACAUAAUAUCUUGGGUGCAGUAGGAUGUUUCCCUCCAGCGCCUCUUGGCCAUGGUAAUAAGGAAACUUGGAAGUACUGAAGAGAGAUACCAGGGUAGCAGUGUAGAGACAGUCAGGUGAUCUCGGCUAAUGAUAAAUUAACAAAAAGGGAGGGAAAAAAAAAAAAAAAAAAGAAAACACGAAAAAAUAAAUAACGAGCUAGAGGUUGUGACAGACUCGUAUACAGCUUUUUCAAAAACAAGUUGAUGAAGGUUUUGCUUGCAUGUUGCAUGGUGUAUACUAAGCUUGAAAUAUGUUACAUUCGUAUGUAAAUAAUAUCGGCACAGAAGAAAUUAUGCUGGAAAAACGUGAAGACAAGUUAAGCGUUAAUAAAGAAGAUGAUUUCGCUCAGUGUGACCUGAUGGCAUUCACAUCACCCAUAGCGCAUUUCGGGCUUGGUAUGCAACAUCCAGCAUACAACAAAAUCUUCACCAACCUUUUCUUUAAAUAACUGUAUAGUAAAACAGACAAGGAAACAUUCAAUUAGAUAAAAUUUAUUUAAAAAAUCUAGUAAUAAAAUGACAAGAAUCUACGAUUAUUUUACUCUAUUCGAUGAAAUAAGCGAAUAUGGACUACAGUUAGAAAUAAAAAAUAUUGUAGAUUUGAACAAAACCGGUUAAGUUACCAAUAAAGAUAUUUGAUAACAGU